AUGAUCUUUUAGCGCAUUGAAAUCUGCACAGAUUUCAAAUAGUGGAAGAAAGCGUCCCACUAAACAGCUUGAAGUGAGUAAAAAACUGUAAAUAUAAAAUGUGUACUGUACUGUCAUAUUUAAACAGCGAUAUUAGAAUUUAUUUUUCCAUUUCUGAACAGCAAACACACUUGAAACUGAGUCAAUAUGUGUGAUUUAAAGUUGAAGUAUGUAGCUUUUACAACAAAAUAUGUUUUAAAAUUUUUGUUAAAACUAUCACUGUCAUCAGUGUAACGUAAGACAGAAAUUGUGGGGAAAAACUAAUAAUUUAGCUCCUUUGCCUUGUUCCACUGCUCCCAGUACCAACAGCAGAAACACAUCACUCAGUCAGAAACAACCAAUCAGAACCUAGAGGAGGGUCUUAGCUCUGUCAAUCACUCUCGUCCUCACCCUUCCUGCUUGAUCUUUGCUGAACUACAGCUGGUUCACCACAAGACAGCCUGCCACGAAUGCUAAGGCUAGUUAGCAUACGACGGCAGAUAAACGGUUUUCCCGUAACGACAGCGGAGGUAACACUGGGAAGAGGUGGAAGAGCGUGAUUUUUUUCAGAUGACCUGUCUCAGAGAAACCGUCAUGAAAUGGUGACAGAUUUAAUAAAUAUGGAAAAAUAUAUUUUUAUAAAAGUUGCAAACUACAGACUGAACUGGGAGCCACAAUAACCUGCAGGGAUGCUUCUGCUGGUGUUGGAAAAAAAAAAUCAUACGUUAAACUGAAAGUGAAAGUAAGAAAAGACACUCCACCCAUCUUGCUGGAUGAAUGUGACAUCCUGUUGCAACAGAGCAAAGCUCAGACAUCGUGAGCUUCAGGAAGGAAACCUUGUUCUCUGUCAAAGAUGAUUGUGGACGCAAAUGUGAGAUUUGAGGCUCUCUCUGCACUUCUGGGGACAAAAAUAACAUCCCUCAGUGGUGGGAACCCUUGGAAAGCUGCUCCCGCUUUAUCAGUUGAUGAUUUUUUUAUACAACUGAUCCUCAACAAGAAAACCAGCUAUGCAGAGGAGUUCUUCAUCGAUGAGAAGGAAUUCUUUGACCCGGGUUAUGACUUUGACUUCACUAAUCUCUCUGACUCGGCUGCUUGCAUGAGAGGAAAUGAGCCGUAYGUGCGUCCAAAAGGCUGGUACCGCAUGGCCCUGAAGGUCAGAGGUAAAUAUCUGGAUGGAGACGCCUGGCUGGGCACCAAUGGAUGGAGGAGUUACUCCGUGCCUGGAGAGUGGCCUGUGUCCUACCAUGGAACCGGGUUAGAAGGAGCCAGAGGCAUCAUCAGGACUCACUACAAAGCUGGAGAUGGGCAACAGUUUGGGAGAGGAAUCUACUCAACWCCUAAACUUAAUGAGGCGGAGAAGUACUGCAAGACCUUCAAGUCAAAGUUCACAGGAAAAACCUACAAAGUGAUCAUGCAAAACCGAAUCAAACCAGAGAAGAGGCAGAUUAUUGGAAAUUACUGGCUCAUUCCUGUUCUGGCGGGAACGUCAGCAGAGGAGGAGAAACGCAUCGCUGAGAGUUCAAUACGUCCGUACGGCGUUCUGAUCAAGGAAAUGUGAGACGGGAACUGUGACUUUAACUAGAGCCAAGAAACAUGAAAUCUAAUUUGUUUCAAUAUGGACAAUUUAACUCUUCUCACAUGAGCCAACAAAAAAAAGGUUUGAUCAGCUUUACGUUAUGAGCAUUCUGUAAAUUGUACUUUAAUUUUAUAUGUAUUUGUAACUGAUUAAAAAAUUGGCGCACUAGUUUAAAGUUACAAAAUGCAAGUCAGUUUAUGCAGCAUCGUUGGUUAAAUCUGACAGUUUUGUUUGUGGUUUGAUUACAUUGUUCUGAAUAAAAAAGUGAAACUUAAUCAAGCGACUCACAGUUAUGAAGAUAACAUUUUUUUGUUUUAUCCCUUUUUGUGUUUACUCUUGUUCUGUCUUUAGCUGCCAAUAUUUUAAAAUGCAGAUUUUGACUUUGAUUUUGUGCACGUAUUUUGUUUCAGGUUUGUAAAAUAAAGUAAUAAUUAGUUCAA